CAGAAAGACAGGAGCAGGAGAGAAAGAAGAGAGAACUGGAGAGGCAGGAGGAUGAAAAGAGAAAACAAAAAGAGUUGGAGAGGAAAGAGGAGGAGAAAAAGAGGAUGGAGCUAAAGGCGGAGGAGGAAUUACGCAGUGCAAAAGGCAAAGAGCAAACUGCUAUUGAAAAUUUGGAAAGACUGCUCUCCAGCCACUCUUCCCCAACACCCCCACCACCUCGCCUGUCUUCUGUUGCUGCACCUCCUUCAGGUCCAUCGCCACCCAACUCCCAGGCUUCACCCCCCUACCCUUGGCUAAGCCGUGGUGGCCAAACAUCCACCACCACUACUCCUGCAGAAAGGCUGCGUCCGCCUCCUCUUACACCUCAGACAGAGUAUGCCAGAGAAAAGCAGAGACAGAGAGAGAUGUGGAGCAACAACGGCGGAACGACUUUCAUUCCCUCAUCAACAAACAGUACCUCAGGGAUGAAUCAGUCGGUAUACCCCAAGCCCCCGGCAAUGCAAGCUGCACCCAACCAAUCCAAAGACUCGGCUAGGGAGAGAGACAGCAGCCAACACUCUCUCCCUAGCUUGGCACUUAGAGAGCCCCCCAAAUUGUAUCAGGCUUUUCCCAGAGAAAACCUUCCACCACCACCUUUAUCCUCCACCUCCACCUCCAGAAGGGGAAUCCUCAACAAGCAGGGGACAGGAGGAGGUUUGGAAAAUGCUGGCAGCUGCGCCUCUGACUCUGACAGUGCUCAGUUUGAGGAAGAGCCCUCUGAGAUGUCCACAUUGCUGCCUGAUGGCCUGGCUAACAUUAUGGCCAUGCUGGAUGAAUCUAUUAAAAAGGAAGAGGAGAUGUAUAACAGUGAAAAGACUGGAUCCACCGGUCUUCUUGAUAACUUUUCUCCUAGUGUCCAGCCUAUCAAGAGCUACCUGUGUGCCCCAGACCUCAUUCCAGCAACGAAGCAUCAGCCCAACCAGGAAGACUUUGGAUCCAAUCAGCAUGCUAGCCCUCCUGUGCUCAGCCGCCAAGGCUCUCUGGCAUCCCCUUGCAGCCGUACAUCUUCUCUGAAUGAGGAGGAUGAGGAUUACCUUAAACCCUCUCCAAAUGUCCCUCUUAACCCCAAACAGUCAAUGGACAUGGGAAUGGUAGUAGAGAACACCAAUUACCGCCACAGUGACCUGGCUAAACUUUAUGGCCUCCCUGAGCAAAUUAAAAGUGAGGUCGAUGAGGAGGACGAUGAAGAGGAUUCUGAGACACCAUCUUGUUCUCCACCACCCCAGAGACCCCACCUCCACCAAACAGGUGUAAAUAGCAUGUUCAAGUCCCUGGCAACAGUCUUAGAGAGCCAGAAGUAUGCUUACCGUGGAGGGCCUUUUGGAAGACCACCUCCAUCAGCACUGGUUGGUGUCAAAUAUUCCUCUUCACUGUCACUGGGCCCUGACAUCUGCCGCCAGCAGCAAGGUAAUUCUCCCACAUCCGAUUCAACCAAUCCACCAUUCAGUCCAGCUGUGCCACCUUUCAAGUCUUCUCCUCCUCUACUAGAAGACAAGAAACUGAAAAUAGAGGAUGCUGAUGUCUGGAGAGAUGAAGAAACAACAAAGGAAAGAAUAAACUCUAGCAAAAAAGAGAGUCGCCCUAUGAUAAAUCCUCUCAAGGUGGUCAAGGAGGAGCAACUGCUGACAACGAUCUCUGAGUCUUCUCUAGCAGAGCUGGGCAAGAGCUGUGAGGUUAUGCUUAGUCGACAGUCACUUCCUAACAAGAACUUGCCUGAUAAACCCGACAGCCAUGUCAAAGUGGAGGACAGACAUAAAUCUGAGAAAGUAAAAGAACACAGAGAUAAAGACAGAAACAGAGAUAGAGAGAGGGAGAAAGAGAAGAAGAGGAAGCAUGGUCACAGCCACAGUAGCAGCAGGAAGCAUGAAGACAGGAAAGAAAAGAAGAAGCAUAGAGAAAAGAGAGAUGAGAUGGCCUCAUCCUCCUCCUCCUCUUCUUCAUCAUCAUCUUCCACUCAUUCCAGUUCCAGGCACAAGCGGCACAAGGAUGGCAAGAGCCAUAAGGAGAAAAAAGAUCGCAGAAUACUUGGUGAUCUCAACCUCCAGAGCAAGGAGGGAUCUGACAAGAAUCGGAGUCAUUAUGACACAGAUAAGAAGAAACGCAAGGAGGCCUCCAGUGCCAACUCCACCAGUGAAGGGGAGCAUGCAGAAUGUUCUUCUGAGCACACAAUGGGCUCUGAAUCUGGUUCUUCAUUGGGUUCAACGGACUUCUUGAAACUGAAAGCACUGUCAGAUGGGCCACCCAAGGAGCUGAAGAUUCGCCUGAUCAAGGUGGAAAGCGGGGACAGGGAGACAUUCAUUGCCUCUGAGGUGGAGGAAAAGAGGAUCCCACUAGAGGAAAUCAGCAUCAAGAACACUGCCAGUGAAAUCAUCAGGUCUUGCAAGGGAGCCAGAGUGAAAGGGAAGUUCAGAGAGUCCUACUUGCUCCCAGCCUUCUCUGUAAAGCCCACCAUGACCCCAGAGGAACCCAUUUCUAGAGAGAAACUCAACCCUCCUACACCCAGCAUCUACUUGGAGAGUAAGCGGGAUGCCUUCUCCCCUGUGCUGCUGCAGUUCUGUACAGACGCCAAGAAUCCUGUUACUGUCAUCAGAGGCCUGGCUGGAUCGCUCAGGCUCAACCUGGGGCUGUUUUCUACAAAGUCACUGGUGGAAGCCAAUGCAGAGCAGGCAGUGGAAGUUCGGACUCAGGUGCAGCAGCCUGCUGAUGAGAAUUGGGAUCCUACUGGGACAGGUCAGACAUGGCCCUGUGAGAGCAGCCGCUCCCACACCACCAUUGCAAAGUACGCCCAGUACCAGGCCUCCAGCUUCCAAGAGAGCCUGCAGGAGGAGAAAGGCAGCGAUGAGGAGGAGGAUGAUGAUGAUGAGAAGGAUAAGAAACCAUCCAACAGCUCUGAUACUCCCAGCAAGGACAGUUCUAAAGAAAGUAGCAGUGCUGAGCAGAAAGCAGUGGGGAAGAUAAUUAAAUUUGGCACCAAUAUUGAUCUGUCAGAUCCUAAGAGGUGGAAGCCCCAGCUUCAAGAGUUGCAAAAGCUGCCAGCAUUUAUGCGUGUAGCAUCCAGUGGAAACAUGUUGAGCCAUGUCGGACACACCAUCCUCGGCAUGAACAGUGUCCAACUCUACAUGAAGGUUCCAGGAAGCCGAACACCAGGUCACCAGGAGAAUAACAACUUUUGUUCGGUAAACAUCAACAUCGGCCCUGGAGACUGCGAGUGGUUCUCUGUCCAUGAGAACUACUGGCAGGCCAUCAGUGACUUCUGUGAAAAGCAUGGAGUGGACUACCUGACAGGAUCCUGGUGGCCGGUGUUGGAGGACCUCUACAACGCCAACAUCCCUGUGUACCGCUUCAUCCAGCGGCCUGGAGAUUUAGUGUGGAUCAACGCUGGAACUGUUCACUGGGUUCAGGCCGUUGGCUGGUGCAAUAACAUCGCCUGGAAUGUCGGACCUCUCAAUGCCUAUCAGUACCAGCUGGCCCUGGAGAGGUUCGAGUGGAACGAAGUCAAGAAGGUCAAAUCCAUCGUUCCCAUGAUUCACGUGUCCUGGAAUGUGGCCCGCACUGUCAAGAUCAGCGACCCAGACACUUACAAGAUGAUUAAACACUGCCUGCUGCAGUCCAUAAAGCACAUCCAGAUCCUGCGGGACCAACUGGUGGCUGAUGGCAAGAAGCUUUCCUACCAGAGUCGGGUCAAGGACGAGCCUGCCUACUACUGCAACGAGUGUGACGUGGAGGUGUUCGAUUUGUUGUUUGUGACAAGUGAGAGCAACAGCAGGAAGACGUAUGUGGUUCACUGUGAGGACUGCGCACGUCAGCGUAGCCCCAACCUGAACAACGUAGUGGUGCUGGAGCAGUACCGCAUAGAGGAACUCAUGAACACAUACGACUCCUUCAGCUUGGCCUCCUCCCGGUGACAGAGCCCUCCUGCGUCUCCUCAGCCAUAACCAAAACUCCUGCAAGCCAGGACAAAAGACACAGUUUCACUUUGGUUUUCAACUUACCCUUUCAUUAUUUAAAGAUCAUUUUUGCUACUACUACUGCUAAUACUUGCCGAACAGCCAGUUGAAUACGUUUACUCAUCAUUACUGUUUACAAAAAGAAAUACCAAGCCGCCAAUAACAUACCAGUUUACUCAGAUGGUGCUUUCAAACAGAAACCCUGGCAACCGUGAAGUUGAGAACCAGGGGGCAGUUGGUGCUGCCAUUGAACAAACUGUGGAGGGUAGUUUAUGGUUUCAAUGGCAUGUUUCUGUCAGUACCAGAGAGAACUUUUUUCUGUUGUUGUCGUCUUGAAUACUGAAAUUUGUACAUGCUGUUUGCAAUUUUUGUGGGGUGCUGUCUUUUUUAAAAUAAUUUAUUGUUUUGUUUUUUUCUAAACUAGAUCAGCCUAGAUAUAUACCACAUUGGCCUUGUAUUUAGAAAAGAGAGAAAAUGAAAAAUACUAAUAAUAGAGAUAUGAACAUUUUUCUAAAGCAUUAAGAAUUUUAAAAAAUACAAAUGUUUGGAAUGCUUCAAAACAUACGGGUUUCAACAACAUUGGUUGUUUUGGGGGGGAUUUCAUUUUGUCUUUCAGAUUCUUGUAUGUGUUGUAAAUCUUGUGUUUGUAUGAAUUAUACUUUUAUUUCCUCUGGAGAUUCAGUUGACACAUCAUCAGGUGUUUUUGUUCAUUUCUUCCAUCUCUGUAUGAACUCUUUAAAAAUGAAAGAAAAAAAAUCAUUGUCAUCUGGUGUUUGUGUGUUGUACCUCUGAUUGUUUUUGUUUCAAUAUGCAGAAUUAGUAUUUCCUGGAUUUUUUUUGGCAUUGUACAUUUAAUUUAAAAUGUUUUCUCUAUUUAUUGGAUAUCAACGUUCUCCCUUUUUUAAUAGGGUUGUACAAGUUUGCGUUUUUCUUCUUUAUUUUUUAUAGUGACCGACUGCUCUGUAAGAACUGAAAUGUGGGGGUUGUGUGUCCACAGGAGUGGAGGCUGCUGUUUCUCUGGUGCUUGCCUCUCACGACUCCUGCCUUUUUCUCCUGAUAUAUAUUAAAUGAUAUCUUUAUCUUGAAUAUAACGCCACCUUUCCUGUAGACGAUAGGCACACUGCUCACGUAGAGAAGAUGACUAAUGGAAUGCUGUGUUUGUAUGCUCAUUAAGGAAAAAAACAAGAAAUGAAAUGUUAAUUUUUUUUUUAUUAUGUAGGGGGCUUUUAGACGAGAAUUUAAUGAUUUUAUGAUAUCUGUUGAAUAUGAUAACGGGAUAGAUGGUGCUAAAUGUUCUCUUUGAACAACCUUUUUUUCUGUUUGUCUUCUUAAAAUGAGAAUUCUAUUUUUCCUGUUGCAAUAUUACCUUACCCCUUUCCUUCUCUUUGUGGUCAUUUAUUUAUAACUGCACUGUUUAGAGAAUUCACACAGACAUACUUGCAGACACACACACCAAACUGAGCCAGACAUGUCUUAAACACUUGUGAAUUUGUGUGACAUUACUAUGACUAUUAAUAAUAAACGCUUUUUGAUAAAUGCAGAA